AUGAAGACCUCUAUCAUUAUCGCUACUGCCGCCGCUCUGCUGGUUGACACCACCACCGCAGCCUCCCUCGAGCGCCGCGCCGAUCUCGUCGCGGCCGACAUCGUCGCCCAGAUCGCACCGUCAUCUAAAACCUGCGCCGACGCCCGGCAGUGCCGCACAAACGUGCAGGUCGGUACAGCCAUGGUUGAGGCCUUCCAAGCCUACGACAUCUACGAGCCCGUCGCUAUGGCCUCUAUCCUCGCCCUAAUCGCCCUCGAGUCCGUCGAGUUCAGGUAUAAGCGAAACCUCCAGUCUACUAACCCGGCCCAGGAGCAAGAAUUCCACUGGGGCCAGGGAACUUCUAAUAUGCAGGUCUAUAAGUACAAUCUCGAGUUUGCGAAGUCAUUUAACAAGCUUAAAGGCCAGGUUAUCCCUGGGGACACUAUGGAAGCUAAGAACAGGGUUCUCGACCUCGUCACCGCCGACGAAUAUAACUUCAAGUCCGGCCCUUGGUUCUACGCUAAACAGGCCGACUGUGCCCCAGCCCGCGAGGCCGCUAAGGGUGUUAAGCCUAACGUUGACGAUGUCUACCAGGCGCAUAUGAAGUGCGUGGGCGUCGAUACGAAUAACGACGAGCGUAGAAAGUACUGGGACGCCGCUAAGAAGGCCUUUAACCUGGCGUAAAAGUAAGAGCGGAGAAAUGGCCCUGAUGUACAAACUCGUCAUAUUUCAUUCCUUCCAUCCGCCUGUUUAGCUUAGGCAGAGACCAUGCACAGGAUCCCAAUCACCUAUGUAUAUACCUAUCCUAUGAGAUCCGAUUCUCAUCGCCAUCCCAUCGCCAUCCCAUUGUGACGACCCAAGCCAACAGGUCGAUUGUUUGGGCUGCAGGCAGACAAACAAGGUCGCAGGAUCGGGCCAGGGACAAGGGCGGAUCAU